AUGUUGGACUACGCAAUUUUCGCCAUCACGUUUGUGGUCUUUCUAAUUGCUACGGGGUUGUAUCUGUACCCGGGCCCAAAUAAAAUAACCACCAUCCCAGGACUGGAGCCAUCAGACCCAAAGGAUGGUAACCUGGGUGACAUAGGCAGGGCAGGCAGUCUGCAUGAGUUCCUACUGAAGCUCCAUGCAGAGUACGGAGACAUCGCCUCCUUCUGGUGGGGGCAGCAGCUGGUCGUUAGUCUGGGGGCGCCGGAACUGUGGAAACAACAUGAACGCAUUUUUGACAGGCCACCUCUGCUUUUUAAGGGGUUUGAGCCUCUGAUUGGUGCAAAGUCUAUCCAAUAUGCUAACGGUUUGGAUGGUAGGACCAGGAGAAAGCUGUACGACCCCAGCUUUGGGCACAACGCCAUGAAAUAUUAUUACAGCAUCUUCCAAGAGUUGGGGCAAGAGAUGGCACAGAAAUGGGAGUCUAUGGAGGGUGAUCAGCACAUCCCCCUCCGUGCACACACCAUAGACUUGACUAUGAAGGCCAUCACUCGCUGCUCAUUCGGAGACACCUUUAAGGAUGAGGAGUGUCUUCAGUUCAGCAGGAACUACGACAUUUGCUGGGAUGAUAUAAAUGAGAGAACUAAGGGAAAUUAUCCCGUGGAAGGAAGUCCCAGGGAGAAAAAGUUCCAAGAAGCACUGGGAAGGUUGCACACUACCAUUGGUCGGGUUGCAAAGUACCGUCGAGAGAACCCUCCCCCACCCCAGGAGCAACUCUUCAUCGAUUUGCUCAUUGAGGGGGAUCUGCCUGAGGAGCAAGUCUUGUGUGAUGCUAUGACAUAUAUGGUUGGAGGAUUCCAUACUUCUGGAAACUUGCUGACAUGGGCCCUGUACUUCAUUGCCACUCAUAAGGAGGUAGAGGAGAAACUGUACCAGGAACUGAUCGAUGUCCUUGGGAAGAAAGAAGACGUCACCCCAGACAACAUUUCACAACUAGUGUACCUACGACAGGUACUUGACGAAACGUUGCGCUGUGCCGUAGUUGGUCCAUGGGGUGCACGUUACAUGGACUUGGACAUUGAAAUCGGAGGCCACAUUGUGCCAGCCAAGACCCCAGUUAUCCAUGCUUUUGGAGUUGUUCUCCAAGAUGAGAGGAUUUGGCCGGAGCCAAACAAGUUUGAUCCUGAGAGGUUUGAUGCAGAGAGCAGUAAGGGUCGUCACAAGUUGGCAUUCCAGCCGUUUGGGUUUGCAGGGGGUCGCAAAUGCCCAGGCUACAAGUUCUCAUAUGCGGAGACAUCAGUGUUCCUGUCCAUCCUGUGCCGACAGUUCAAGCUCCAUCUGGUGGACGGACAGGUGGUUACGUGGCACGGGAUCAUCAUGAUCACACGACCGGUCGACGAGAUCUGGAUCACGGUCACCAAGCGUGACUAGUGCCAAAAGAUACCUUCCCUCUUUGGGGCUUACGUCGACACUCAAACGAUGUCUCUCUUUUUUUGCAAUGUCUAAUUUGCAGAGCCAGCAGAAGUAAGACUAUCUAUGUAUGCACAAACAUUUCAAACACAAGUUUGUUCAUGAAUACUGUAAGAUUUGAAGAUUGGCUGCAAUAUUAAUUGCAGGAAA